AUGAGUUUGCAAAGGAUGAGGCUAGAGUUGAAAGACCAUUUUGGAAUUGAAGCUACAAACAGGCAACUUUGGAAAGCUAGACAGAAAGCUAGAGAAGAUGGGGGCUAUGAUUAUGCUCGUUCAUAUGGAAAUUUGAGGCAAUAUGCUGCUAUGAUUCACAAAACUAACCCUGGGAGUGCUGCUAUUAUACAGAGUAAUCUAGUUCCACAGCCUGUAGACCAUUUUUUUGGCUUAGAUGGUUGUCGUCUAAAAGGGCCAUACAAGGGCAUCUUAUUGUCUGCAUUGGGGCUUGAUGCCAAUCUUCACUUCUAUCCAAUUGCUUAUGCAAUUGUAGAAGCCGAGAAUAACUCUAGUUGGAAAUGGUUUUUGGACUUGUUGAGAAACGAAAUUGGAGAUACUAAUAAAUGCCAACCAUGGUGUAUCAUGAGUGACAGACAAAAGGGUUUAAUUGAGGCUGUCACAGACAUCCCAAAUGCAGGGCAUCGUUUUUGUUGUUUUCAUUUGGAAAACAACAUGGUAAAAAAGUUUGGCACAUCACACCUUCAAGGUCUCUUUUCGGCAGCAGCUGAGACAGCCAAUUUUGAGAAUUUCAAGCGAAUAAUGGAGCGGAUUAAGGAAUUCAACCAUGAGGCACAUGUCUGGUUGAGAAAUAUUGACUUCAAGCAUUGGACAAUGAGCAAGUUUGAUCCAAAUGUGAAGGUAGAACAUCUCACCAAUAACUUUAUCGAGUCAUUCAAUGAUUGGAUAGAAGACCAUCGAUACAAGGCCCCAAUUGAGUUGCUAGAGGGUAUAAGAAUGCAACAAACAACCAUGAUGGAUGCAAGGAAAGCAACAACAGACAGAUGGGAGCACAAGCUCACUCCAAAAUUCCAUGUGAAGGUGCAAGAACUCCAUAAAAGAGCACGUUUUGCAUUAGUAACAAGGGUUGGAAAAGAAGAAUUUCAGGUGGAUUAUGACAAAAAAAGGUGUGUUGUUCAACUGAAUGAAUUCUUUUGCAUUUGUGGCCAAUGGCAGGUAAGAGGAAUACCAUGUAUUCAUGCAGCUGCUUGUAUAACCACCACCAGAGCUGACAUAGCCAAUUAUUGCUCUCCAUACUUCAUUACUGAAAUGUGGAGGAAGACAUUUUAG